GAUGAGUUGUUAGGUUUUUGGGCAAGAGAAAGAGAGGAUAUUUUUUUUGAGUGUGAAACCUCUCUUCUUCCUCUCCUCCCACUCUCUUCACCCUGAAUACCCUUCCCUUUUAUUUUAUUUUAUUUAUAUAAAUUUUUAAUUUUGUAUAGACUCCUUUUUGUUUCCGCAACUCACGCCUUCUAUCUCCUUUCCCUUCUCUUUCUACCGCUGCUGGUGCUGGCAUAACUGUAUUCUGAUAUCUAGGGUUUUUGAUCUUCUCUCUAAACUCUCGAGGGUUUUUUGUUGAUACUACGCCUUCCACUCGCCAUUAUGAGUAAUAACAAGGAUGGAUUCGACAUGGCCGAUCUCGGCGCUGCCCUUUCUCCUGCUGCCACUGCUGCUCUUAGUGCCGAGGAUCGUGCUGGUCUUGUCAAUGAUAUCAAGAACAAGCUUCAGCAUCUGGCGGGACAGCAGCCUGAUGUUCUGGAGAAUCUGCCGCCCAAGGUCAGGAAGCGCGUCGAGGUUCUCAGAGGGAUCCAGAGCCAACAUGAUGAGUUGGAGGCCAAAUUCUUUGAGGAGAGAGCAGCACUUGAAGCUAAAUAUCAGAAGCUGUAUGAGCCACUAUAUACUAAGCGAUAUGAAAUUGUGAAUGGUGUAGUGGAGGCUGAAGGUGUUACAGAUGAAACUGCAGUGGACCAAGAGGAGGACAAAGCCAAAGAAGCAGAGAAAGGAGUGCCUGAUUUCUGGCUCACUGCAAUGAAGACUAAUGAAGUGCUAGCUGAGGAGAUAUCAGAGCGUGAUGAAGGGGCUCUCAAAUAUCUCAAGGAUAUUAAGUGGUGUAGGAUUGAUAAUCCUAAGGGUUUCAAGCUGGAAUUCUUCUUCGAUACUAACCCUUAUUUUAAGAACUCUGUUCUGACAAAAAUUUAUCAUAUGAUUGAUGAUGAUGAACCCAUUCUGGAGAAAGCAAUAGGCACUGAGAUUGAAUGGUAUCCAGGCAAAAGCUUGACACAGAAGCUCCUAAAGAAGAAGCCGAGAAAGGGAUCAAAGAAUGCCAAACCCAUCACUAAGACUGAAAAAUGUGAAAGUUUCUUCAAUUUCUUUGAUCCACCACAAGUUCCCGAGGAUGAUAUGGAUAUAGAUGAGGAUACUGCUGAAGAGCUUCAAAAUCAAAUGGAGCAAGACUAUGAUAUUGGGUCGACAAUUCGAGACAAAAUUAUUCCCCAUGCUGUGUCCUGGUAUACGGGAGAGGCUGUCCAAGGGGAUGAGUUUGAAGACAUAGAAAUAGAAGGAGAAGAUGACGAUGAUGAGGAUGAUGAUGAUGACGAGGAUGAUGAUGAUGAGGAUGAUGAUGAUGACGAGGAUGAUGAUGAUGAUGAGGAUGAAGAUGAAGAUGAAGGCAAAGGCAGAAAAAAGGGCUAAUUUGUAAUGUUCAUAUAGUCAUCUGCUGGACCCAAGAAAAGCGGAAAGGCCCAAACUGGAGAAGGUCAGCAGGGUGAUCGGCCUCCGGAGUGCAAGCAGCAGUAGGUGUUGGUUUGCAGACUACAUGUAAAACUGUUGAGUUCGAAUGGAGAGAGUUGGGGGGGGGCACAAGAGUUUUGGGUGUUUCUUUGGGGACAAGUUUUGGGUGUUUCUUUUCUUCUUUGUUUAUUAUAAUUAAAAUUUUUAUCGUUUUAUCCUUCUUUGGCUGGGAAUAUGGUCCAGGUGGUUAGAGUUGGUUAUAAUUUGUUGAUGCCUUUUGGGUUUCCUCUGGGUUACCCAGUGUUGUGGACUUAACAUUCACUAUUUAUGAGUACAUCUAUGCUUUGUUCAACA